ACAUGGCAAAAAGAGACUUUUUUUUUUGGUUGACGGAAGGAGUAUAUUAUUAUUGCAACGGCUUAUGAAAUAUAUAUGGUCUAAAAUAAAAAAAUUGGUGAACUUUUUAUGAAUAGUUAACUUGAAAUUAGAGGUGUGAGUAACUUGAAUUAGAAUGAAAGAUAUGAUUACAACAAAAUCUGGCGAGUGAAGUGGUAUAAAGUGUAGUCGUAGCAUGUAUAAAUAAAUGUGGGAAACAUGAAAGUGGUGUGAAAGAAACAAAGUGUGAGUGUGAGCGAGGAUGGAUUGGUACGCAUGGUUAUCGCAAACAAACCUAGACGCGAGCCUAAUCUACGAGUACGGACUCGCACUGGUUCGGAACGAGGUUGGGGAAGAAGACCUUCCCUACUUCAACCACGACUUCCUGCAGAGCCUCGGCAUCUCCGUCGCCAGACACCGCCUCGAGAUACUCAAGCUCUGCGCCGGAAGAAGCGGUCUCUCCCUCUCCCGCCUCGUCCUCGUCAUGAACAACACCAGGAAGCUCUUCGCCCGCAAGCUAGGCUUCCGCAGGAACCCGCCGCCGCAGGAGGUGUCGCCCUACCGGAGCAGGAGGAAUGUGAUGUGGUCGGGGCCGCUUGAUCGCCGCUUCAUGGAUUUCAAGAUGCAUCCAAAUUGGAGCCCCAUGCCCAGGCAGAGGCAGAGGCCGGGCCAUUGUUUGUCCCAGCCCGGCUUUGUCCGGGCCUAUGGAUAGGCUCGGCCUCAGCCCCAAACUGGCCUACUAUAGGCCCGAAACAAUGGAUGAUAAUCACGAUCAUGAUCAUGAUGGUGCGGCUCACUCGCUCUGGUCCAUAAUGUUUCAAGAUAUGAAACCGACUUAAGUAUUAACUUAAUUCUCACGAUAUUUUGCGUUUUCUUCCAAUUAUUGUUAGUAAUUUUUUUUUUAAUUUCGUUGCAUUGUGUUGCUCCUGAGUAUUGUCUUGUGUUUGUGUACAUUUUUCAUCUUAAUUACUCAGAAAAAAAUAAAAAAGAGAAAAGAAUCAGAUGAUUGAGAUUA